AUGGCAGAAGCCAAAAUGGAUCUUCGAAUGUGGACUUUUAAUCAAUAUGGUGAUCAAGAGCUAGCAGCUGAAGAUAGUGAUCCAGUCUCCGCAGUUCUAGGUUUCUUUGUGCCCGUCAUAUUACCUGCGAAAUUAAUUCUUCAAGAGGCUUGGGCAACAAAAUCGACCUGGGAUAAGCCAUUACCGGAAGAACUUCAAACAAGAUUUGAGAGAUGGUACGAAAGGUUGCCUAGUCUUUCCAGCCUUAAAUUACCUCGUCGCAUGGGUCAUGGAAUUAAGGAUUCAUGGACUCUACACGUCUUUUGCGAUGCCAGUCAAGCUGCUUAUGCAACUGUCAUUUACUUACGAAGUAAGGAAGAAGACAAAGUUUUCGUGAAAUUCGUCAUAGCAAAAUCACGGGUAUCGCCCUUAAAGAAAAUAACUAUUCCGCGUUUGGAGUUGCUAGCCUGUGUUCUAGGUGCACGCUUGGCAAGGUAUACUGUUGAAACCCUGUGCUUAGUCGAUGUCCCGAUAUAUUACUGGACAGACGCUACUGUGGCUCUUAGCUGGAUACAACGAGAGGAAAAAACUGGGAGUAUUUGUGAAUAA